AUGGUGAUAAGUCUUACUUCAACGAGUCGUUUGCUGCUGUUGGUAAUCUUCGUGCUGGAAAGUGAUGCGGCCGAUUUGAUUCGCUCUGCUUGCACACAACGUACAGACAGCAAGGCUGUAGCGAUUGGUCGGUUGCCUCCAACGUGUGACGCUUCUACUGCUGGCAACUUGUACUAUUCUACAAGCAGUAAACGUCUCACUCUCUGUGAUGGUUUUUCCUUUACUAACAUAGGGUCACUGCACACGACUUUUGAGCCAGGAAGUUACCAGAACCCUCUAGUCUCGUGUUCUAGUUUACAUGAAAGUAAAGCACAAAGUGGAACGUAUUGGAUGAAACCAACUACAAAAGUAUUCAUCAAACCCUUUCAGAUUUAUUGUGAUUUCAAAGUACGUUCCAAUGGUUGUGCUCUCGUGUGGAAACAUUCUUACUAUCAAGUCACACCAAACAACAACAUGCGAACGUUCAGUACAUUCAACAAGCCAUGCAUUGAUCUCUCUGAUGGUUGGUGUAAUGUAGCCAAUAAGGACACAAUAGAAGGAUCAGAGCAAGUGACAGCGGCCUAUCAUCACGGAACUGUCGUCUACGCCUACAGAGGUGAUCGCAACCCUCAACUGGGGAAGGCAUCGCUAUGGCGAGGUGCUAUUCUCAACAAUCCAAUCAAAAUAACAGACUACUGUACAAGCCACAACGGCGUCGCACCGGAGCCAGAAGUUGGAAGCCACGCCAUACCAGGAAUAUCGUUUGACAAGGCAAAUCCUGGCGAAUACACGCUCAACUGUGACACCGAUCACUAUGCGUCGUCACCACCUGACGACUGCCGUUGGCAAAACUGCAAGUUACCCAGUCAUAUAUCAAGUGCUAGCUUCAAUACUCAAAUGACGGUCGCUAUAUACUUGUGUUGA